AUGGAUCUGUUGCAAUGGCUGCUCUUCUCGGGGGGACACGCGAACAAGAUCGCCAUCGCCAACUUCACACACGGGGGCAGCAAGAUUCGCGGGCUCAAGGCAGUGGCGGAUAUUCCAGCCAAUUUUACGCUGAUAGAGGUCCCGCGCGCGUUGUUCAUCUCAGGAGAGGACAUUGACCCCAGAGAUCUCUCGUUUCCAGUCCUCGAGCUGCAGGAGUCCUCCGAUGUGCUGCUGGCCGUCAAGUUCUGGCAGGAGUUCACGCGCGGGAGAAGGUCCCAGUGGUUCCCCUACCUGAAGGUCCUUCCUAGUGCCAUGGAGCUCUCUCGCUUCCACCCCAUGUACGCCGACGAUGUCGUGCUGCAAGCAUGCUCGGUGCUGCCGACGAUGCACAAGGUCAGGAGGGCGAAGCGGCGCGUAGAGAAAACGUACAUAUCGCGGUCGUACGGGGUCGUGCUGCGGUCGAGGCGGGGAGGGAUGAAGUGGCAGCCCGUGUCUGUACCGUUGGCGGACAUGGGCAACACGGCGCUGCAAGGUGACGUCAACACGAGGUGGAGGUACGACUCCAGGUCGCAAGUCUUCCUGCUGGAGUCCACCAGGGCGAUCCCAGCUGGUUCGGAGCUGUUGGAGUCGUACCAGGUGUCCUCCCUCAAGGACAAUGCCCAUCUUGCAUACAUGUACCUCUGCUCUCUCUCGCUCAUCGGCAUUGCGAAGCCUUCCUCACCCCAGCUUCCCAGGUUCGGCAUGACGAUGGACGGCAACCCGGUCAAGCGCCUGACGCCGCAGGAGUGCCUCAAGCUGGAGGAAGAUUGCCUCUCGGCAGGGAAGGAGAAGCUCUCUCAGCUCCUCCGCACGCUGGUAAGUGAACAUUGCGGCAACAAGUGA